GAAGUCUCCUGGUUUGCCUAGAAGUAGACCCACACCUAACCUCCUAUGACCCUAUGGAGGUAUAUCCACUUCCACAAGGUCGUAUUGUGCAGCUGCUGUCGAUGAUAGCGCUAGGCUAGUAAGAAGAUCUCGACGUAUGUCCGGUCACAUGUCCGGCAAGUUACUUGCUAGCAUGAUGACGCAAUUACCAUGACGCCUCAGCCUACACUGACCAUGGGUGGACCUCUCUCAUCGCUUCGCCGCUUGGUCCCCGCUCCUGGUCCAAGUAGGUCUCGUCAUCUCGUCGCAUUCCCUUCAGCGAGCGCGCGGUGUGAUCUACGGCAGUUUGCGGCUUCGUAUAGACGUCGAACAGGAAGAGGGAAUACCGCGAGGAGUGUCGACAAUUACGGUUUCCGUCUCCUCCGGAGGUAUUUUUCGUCAACGACGUCAUCAACGUCGAGCGGACGAGCAGGAAAGAGGAAAGAUAUUAUGCUAGAAUGAUCUCUUUCACAACUUUCUCACUCCCUGCGCGAGGUUGUCGUGAUGUCAAGAGCCCUAGUACGCCUACUAGGUGUACAAGAGUUGUAGUCAUUUUAUUUGGAUUAAUACUAAAUUGUUGUAGGUAUAGUACGCUAUUCCUUUAACAAGGAUGGCAGUAACAAGACGAAAAGGACGCCUCGCAGUUUCGGUUCUACUCUUGAACAAGAUGUGUCUGCUGUCGAGGCUGGAGGAGCAGGUUGUAGAAGUGCGAAUGCAAAAGACCACAUAAGGCUACCCUUGAAGGACCCUCAGCAUCAUCCUUGGCUUCCUUUUAGAAAAAGAUCCAGAGCGCAGACUCAGACGGGAGAACGCCAGUCAGACGGUUCUGAGGAGAGUAUGCCAGCAGUCCGCCGAACCUUAGAUGAGAUGCGAUCGAGACUCGAGGCUCAAAUCGAAGAGCAGUUUGGCUCGGAACUGAACCACAUUCGUAGAUUCGUCCACGUCUUUCAAGAAAAGCUCAAAGAUGAUGCUUCUGCUGCUGCAGACCCAGACGGGAGAGCCGAUAUUGAGAGUCACCGUCCUCGAGGACGUCUUGGUGACAAAGGCGGUAGUUUAUCUAGUGCCAGUGCCACGGAGAGUUGUACAUCAUCUUCUUCUGUAAUAAAAAACGCCAUACAUGAAGUUGUCAGCAAGAAUCAAAGCCGCAUUCAAGUACUAGAGGGAGAUGAACGAGAUCCCAUGGGCUUUUUCUCGUUGCUGAAUCUCGCAGUUCUGGCAUCGGCAGAGCGUCAUGCUUCGAGACUGCGCGCAAUCCAACGCGAAGAGGGUGGAUAUGAGGACGCGGAUGUCGUGAGACGGAAAAGAGGUAGUGUUGAGGGAAGUAGUUGUGGGUCUCUGUCUUCAAUAGAACACAGCACUUUUGUGGUCCGCGACCUAGGGUUUCUAGAAAAUGCGGCAAGAUACAUGCGCUGUGCCCAUCUCGCGUAUGCUGAUCACGUUAACGAUAGUGACGAAUACCGCGAGCCUGCCUUCGAUCGAAUCCUCUUUCGCCAAUCAGGAGGUUUCAAAAAACGUCACCUUGCAGUCGCUGGCAAUGGACGAGGCGCGUCUGAGCCAACGUCGAGUAGAGCCAGAAAAACUGUUGUUAUGUAGAGGUCGUUAUGUAGAGGACGAGUGAGUGUGAAACUCAAAUGUACAUGCUGUUGUGGAUGUUGCGAUCCUUUGUUCAUCGUUGUGUAAAAAAAUUCAUGAUGAACAAGUCUUUCUUCUACUUCUACUGUUGACCAGCACUACAUGAUUAUCAGAUAAAUGAACGUGCACUCCGCCGACUCCAAGUCCAACACGAGCACCCCAUCAUGAUCUCAUGUCAUUGACCCCACUUCAACGACACCUGCUUCAGCAGAAACCAAUGCCAGGAAGUCCAAAGAUGUCGAUAUCGGCGGACCUGAAAUUGUGGUGGGAACUGACGACACUCGACGGGCCGUCGUGGUGUCUGUCAGAGGAACUGCGUCGGUCGACGACGUAGCCGCGCUUUUGAUGAUAGGCACAAGGACUCUACGGCUUCCGCGGUUUCCCCUGGAACAGACUAAAAUUAAGGUCAACAUUUAGUGUCCAUCUUGCUCAGCAUCUCGAUACCCUUUUGUUUCCCUUGUAUUCUUGUCAUGGGAAGAUGAGAAGGGGUCGAGAUGAGGGCACCGAGAAAGAUGGGUGAAGGCUGACACUAAUAAAAAACGGGACAAGAAAGGAACCGACGAUCUGGUCCUAACGUUUCACGAAGGCAUCUUCGCGAGCGCCAUUUACACGUUAGACCAAACGUUUGAGGUGUUGCGCAACAUCCUGCACGAAAAGAAUGAGCGGAGCGGUCAGGAGUAUGAUCGAGUCAUAUUCUGCGGCCACAGCUUUGGGGGCGGCGUUGCGCAGGUCGCAGCACUGCUAUUUCGACAUCUCUUGCUGGCGGAGCAAAUCCAUCUGACAAAUCGAAUGCGAACGUCACAGACGAAGAUGAAACAAACGAAGAUGAUGUUUUCGAAAAUGAAGAUGCGGAGACCACGCGCAACGACCAAAGCUCGUGUGGCUGUACAACAUGUGACGACCAAGAAAGCGCCCUCAUCUGCCAACAUGCAUGUGGAGCUUCAAAAGUUGCAUGUUGAAGCGUGGAGCUACGCCGGGCCACCGGUGGUGCGGCGACCACUGCAAGAGGAACUUGCCACAGCUGAAACGCUAUCACAGGCCUUCGAAAGCAUCACGGAUCCGCGUCUUGCCGCGUUAGUGCAGCAUGCAGAAGCAGUCGGUAGUUUCACGCAAGGUCAUCACAAUAUUAAUUAUCAUGUUGAUCAUGGUACCUCUUCUAAAUCCAUUAAUAUGAGUACCAACAUCAACAAGGACGAUCUUUUGCUAGAUUUCUCAAAAAUGCUGAGUCUUCCUUCCAGCAGUUCCACUCCUUCCAGUUCCACCAGCAACACAACAAUUGACAGUGCGAAUGGCAACAGCACAACUACAUCAAGUAACCCCAACCCCUUGUUUCUUGAGCCGCUAGUGACACUCGAAGCCUACCCUUUCGUCAUGGAGCACGACCUUGUGCCGUCACUCAGCGUGGGAAGCUUGAUGCGGUUGCUGAUUAGCCUGCGCGAGAUCGAUCGGCUCGGUUGGAGUCCCUUACAGAAACUGCAGUACAUUGUCCAGGCUGAACUCGCUGACCCAUCACCUAUGCCUAGUUUUGCAGGUGGAGCUGGAUCAGGAUCAGAUCCGCGCAGCAGGAGCACCUUUGUUUCGUCUUCCUCAGUGGCAUCUUCAGGCUCAUCUACAGCGAGACGAUCGUCCUCGUCGUCGUUCACGAACCAGUCUGAACCGGCGCGGGAAACUUACCUGAGCAAGCUGUUGGCUGCGGCGACUGAUGCAGCUCAAGCAUGGGAGAGAUGGGAGGCCUUGCCAAAAAACUGGCAAUCUUCUCGAACAGGGAAACAAAAACUACAAGAAGAAGACACAGGUGAUACGACUAGCCUUCUCGGAGUAGAAGGAACAACAGGACGACGACAAGAUGAAGAUGAUAAUAUCACGACGAGUAUUUCAGCUUCACACUCAGCAAACAAGUCUAACAAGUCGAUGUCUAAUAAACAACCUAGGACCACUAGUAGUGCUGCUAAUACUAGUACAACUACUUCUACGAGAGAAGAUGACGGCAUUCACGGUUCUUCCUUUGCGCGAAGCUUGUUAACGCGAACGCUUUCUAGCUCUGUCGCCUCCAGUUUGUUGGACCGCGUGCAAACCAAGAGCGUUUCUUCCCCAGCGAAAGCGAAAGCGCUGCAAUUCCUAAGUGAGGAUCCGUGGGACCCUGAAGAUGCCUUAGGUAGUACGACGUCCAGGCUGACGCAGGAGGCGCUUGCACCGACCAUAAGAGCAGACUGCAUGCAGCACGUGGCAUACACCUCAAUUUUGAAUGGCGGCCCUGCGCUUUUUCGAGAGACGCAUACAGCAGAAAUGCAGGACAUCAAGCACAAGGGCAACCGCAUGAUGUUGACGGGAAAACUAGGCAUCAAACAACUACUUGUUGAGAAGCACGAUAAAGAAGUUCUACACUUAUCCUGGCUCAUUUGAAGAUUUGUUCAUAAUCAUAUCAAUCUUAAAACUAUAAGGCAUCGGCAUCAUCUUCAACGUGCUUUCAAGGAGAAUGAAAACACUAGAGAGAUACAUUCGAAGAUGAAUUUAGUGAAGCUCUAAUACACGUGGAGGUGGACGACCACGAGGUCGACCAUCAUUUAACGUAUUUAGAAAUCUCACCUCAGGAUGGAGGACGUGUUACAGCUCACCGACUGUUAACGUUAUGGGUGUUGUAGGGGAUUUAUCAUCUCCACAUGAGUCAUCUGAGAGUUAGUGAGACGAAAACAAGACAAGAAGAAAAAGAGAGCCAGACGAUUCCUGAGAUGAAUUCCCUAUAGUAUAGCUCCAAUAAAGGAGGUGGAUGCGGAAUCCACUUUCACGACUUGUCCUUCGCGCAACGUUUUAGGUUGGCGCACUAUUCCGGUGGGAGCCGAUGCCACCAGUGCGCUUCAGGAAGUUUUAUGCAGCAACAUUUUCUCCUUUGCCGGUGCACUCAAGUUUAAUUAAUCAAGAUCAACAUUUGAAGAAAAGAUGAUGAAGAGUUAUAAUUCAAUGGAUCUUGCUCGUGCUCCGAUUCCUUUCUAAGCAUGACACGCGCGCACGUCGACGACCAUAGGGCGGCGGCUUACGAGAAUGCAUUGCAGGAAAUAGUGAAAAGACGCCGGGUUUCCGCAGCACAGGAGCGGCUGGAUGUCAGAGGCAGGGACGUCGCAGAGGAAGGAAGUGAAUGAAUCAGCAGUAUGUUUUCAACAUGAAUAAAAAAAAAUAGAGGCAGAUAUUCUAUAUAUGUUAUAUAUAAGAUCAUUACUAUCAUACCAGAAGAAGGGAAGCGAAUAAACAAACUUAUUAAAGAACUAUUAAAAGUUUACAGGAGAAUGAGAAAAUGAACACAUGGUGGAGAGAAGGCGCAAAGAAGGAG